CGGAGAGACUGGUGGCUCGAGGAGACGCCGGCGUAGGAGACAGCGCUGCGCCGCCGGAAGCUAAGGGGUCCUGCAUUCUAAAGGAAAAAUAAGCUUGAUUGCAGUUCUACACUCUAAAAUCAAUUCUGAUACUAUAUAACGCCUUUGGACUUCUUACACCGACCUCCUCUGUCCCUAGCCCUUACUGAUUAGGUUGGUGUGGAAAAACUGGGGCUUUGAUCAAGCAAAUGCUAAAAAGCCACAUAAGGAAGAUCCUUAACAGUUAUUUCUCAACAAUUAUAUAGUCAACUGAUGUAACAAUGGUACUAAUAUUGGGACGAAGACUAAACAGAGAGGAUCUCGGAGUGCGUGAUUCACCAGCAACAAAGCGUAAAGUUUUUGAAAUGGACCCUAAAUCUCUGACAGGCCGUGAGUUUUUUGACUUCUCUUCAGGAUCAUCCCAUGCUGAAAACAUACUGCAGAUAUUUAAUGAAUUCCGAGAUAGUCGUUUGUUCACAGAUGUUAUCAUUUGUGUGGAAGGAAAAGAAUUUCCUUGCCAUAGAGCUGUUCUCUCAGCCUGUAGUAGCUACUUCAGAGCUAUGUUUUGUAAUGACCACAGGGAAAGUCGAGAAAUGUUGGUUGAGAUCAAUGGUAUUUUAGCUGAAGCUAUGGAAUGUUUUUUGCAGUAUGUUUAUACUGGAAAAGUGAAGAUCACUACAGAGAAUGUACAGUAUCUCUUUGAAACAUCAAGCCUUUUUCAGAUUAGUGUUCUCCGUGAUGCAUGUGCCAAGUUCUUGGAGGAGCAACUUGAUCCUUGCAAUUGCUUAGGAAUCCAGCGCUUUGCUGAUACCCAUUCCCUCAAAACACUCUUCACAAAAUGCAAGAAUUUUGCAUUACAGACUUUUGAGGAUGUGUCCCAGCAUGAAGAAUUUCUUGAGCUUGACAAAGAUGAACUUAUUGAUUAUAUUUGUAGUGAUGAACUUGUUAUUGGCAAAGAGGAGAUGGUUUUUGAAGCCGUCAUGCGUUGGGUCUAUCGUGCUGUUGAUCUGAGAAGACCACUGUUACAUGAGCUCCUGACACAUGUGAGACUUCCUCUGUUGCAUCCCAACUACUUUGUUCAAACAGUUGAGGUGGACCAACUGAUCCAGAAUUCUCCGGAGUGUUACCAGUUGUUGCAUGAAGCAAGACGGUACCACAUACUUGGGAAUGAAAUGAUGUCCCCAAGGACAAGGCCACGCAGGUCAACUGGCUAUUCUGAGGUGAUAGUUGUCGUUGGAGGCUGUGAACGAGUUGGAGGAUUUAAUCUUCCAUACACUGAGUGCUAUGAUCCUGUGACAGGAGAGUGGAAGUCUUUGGCUAAGCUUCCAGAAUUUACCAAAUCAGAGUAUGCGGUCUGUGCUCUAAGGAAUGACAUUCUUGUUUCAGGUGGAAGAAUCAAUGGCCGUGAUGUCUGGAUUUAUAACUCACAGUUAAAUAUUUGGAUCAGAGUUGCUUCUCUAAAUAAAGGCAGAUGGCGUCACAAAAUGGCUGUCCUCCUUGGUAAAGUAUAUGUUGUUGGAGGCUAUGAUGGGCAAAACAGACUUAGCAGCGUAGAAUGUUAUGAUUCCUUUUCAAAUCGAUGGACUGAAGUUGCCCCCCUUAAGGAAGCAGUGAGUUCUCCUGCUGUGACUAGCUGUAUAGGCAAAUUGUUUGUGAUUGGUGGAGGACCUGAUGAUAAUACUUGUUCUGAUAAGGUUCAAUCUUAUGAUCCAGAAACCAAUUCUUGGCUACUUCGUGCAGCUAUCCCAAUUGCCAAGAGGUGUAUAACAGCCGUAUCCUUAAACAACCUGAUAUAUGUUGCUGGUGGACUGACCAAGGCAAUAUACUGUUACGAUCCAGUUGAAGAUUACUGGAUGCAUGUACAGAAUACAUUCAGCCGACAGGAAAACUGUGGUAUGUCUGUAUGUAAUGGUAAAAUAUAUAUCCUGGGUGGAAGACGGGAAAAUGGAGAAGCCACAGACACUAUUCUCUGUUACGAUCCUGCAACAAGUAUCAUCACAGGGGUAGCUGCAAUGCCCAGGCCAGUGUCCUAUCAUGGAUGUGUGACUAUUCAUAGAUACAAUGAGAAAUGCUUUAAGCUCUAAAACCAGGAUACCUCACCCAAGAAGCCACAGCAAUCCAAGAUGAGAGGUUUUAAAAACUCCAGAGUGGGAACUUGACAUAUCUCCUUUUUGCAAUAUGCACAGAAAAGUAAAAAUAAUAAUUGUCGUGCCUUUCUCCCCAAAAUAUCAAUCUUUCAAACUGUAAUAAAGCCUUUUCUGUAAUUGGGGAAAAAAAAUUUGUUGUUGUUGAAGGUAAUAGUGGUCUUUGCUUGGGCUUUGAGAGUGUACCUUUGUGAGUAUUUGUAAGAAACCUAUGUGGAGUAGGAAAUAAUGUCUGCCUGCAUACCUUUUAGGAAUUUGUGAAUGGUCUCUUCAUUUAUGUAUGUUUAUCUGCAAGACUGUAUAUUCCUUAUUUUGUCACAUAUAUGUGUGUGUGUG